UCAAAGUACUAGCCCUUCCCUGGAGCCAUAGUCAUUCCACCAGCUGUACAAACAUGUUCCUCACUCACAAGAUGACGUAAAUUGGGGGAACAACAGGCAUGGUCAUGCCAUUUAAGAAGAAAUCAAAUGCUCCAGUCUGCAGGUUAUGCAGUCUGAUAUGCAGACCAUAUGCAUUACUACAGGCUUGUUUCCUUUGGACAUUGUUCUGUUUGGCUCUAUGGACAUUGACUGAUGGGAUCCACAUCAAAAUAUUUCAGCCCACCAGACCUAAACCAGUUCCUCGCAAUAACAGUUCAUCCAUAAUAUCUGCGUUUGACAUGGGAAUCAGUGAUGAGGAGUGGGAAAGACUACAGAAGGCUAUUGACUGGCCUAUUCCAGAUCAAGAAAUAAUUUAUCUGAAUCAGAGCACAAGUCCAGUUCACUCAACUUUCUCUAUUGUGGGACUCAAAGAGAGUUACAAAGUGGGAGAACAUAUCUCUGUUAUUAUCACAGCCAGAGACCACAACAAGAACCUGAAAAGAUAUGGAGGAGAUUUUUUCAAAGCAAAACUUUUCAAUGCAGAGCUAAAGGCGAGUGUGUAUGGGGAGGUUGUGGAUCAUCAUAACGGGACUUACUCUGUUGCACUUCUUCUGCCGUGGGAAGGUCUGGCACAAGUUUCUGUACGUCUAGAGCACUCCAGUGAAGUUGUGCAGAUUCUUAAAAAAUACAGGGAGUCUUCAUUCGCACGCAGCCACUAUAAUGGCUACUUUGAAGGGCCAGGACUCAAUAAAACUAAGAUCCAUGAAGUAGUAGAAUGUAAUCUUAAGUGGGGUGCAGAUGGAAGUUGGAGGAAAGGUGACUGCUGCUGUGAGUAUAAGGAUAUAAAAACAGGGACGGUGUGGCAGUGUGAGAGACCAAAGGAACUUUCCUGUGACAAACUGGUUCAUCACUCUUAUGGACGUUUGGAAAACCCAUUAAAUAUUUUUGAGCAGCAGCUUUUUACAAAGAAUUUAACAAAUGUUGCUAUUAGUGGAGACAAAAAAAUCAUAACUGUCCUUCGCAGCACUACACUUAUUGGCACAAUGGAGAAAUGCAGGUCUGGCAUGAAGACACCGGUUCCUGCAGGGUUUUAUUUGUACGAUGUCUGGAAGUCUUUUGUAUGCAACACUCGACAGUUCAGUCCUGCACAAAUGGCAAACUGUCUUAAAAACAAGACUGUCUAUUUGAUGGGAGACUCCACCACAAGGCAGUGGUUCGAGUACUUAGAAAGAAACGUGCCAGGCAUAAAGAGAAUGGACCUCCACACUCCUCCUGCAAAUGGUCCACUGAUGGCUGUGGAGUUGAAAAAUAACAUCAUUGUUCACUGGAGGCCACACGGUGUUCCUGUGCGAUUUAGUAAAAUGCCUAUUACUGAUCUGCACUAUAUCAGCAAUGAUAUUGAUGAAAUAGCCGGUGGACCUCAUGCAGUCAUUGUCUUCACAUUCUUUGCUCACCUGGUUUUUCACCCAAUAACAUUUUAUGUGUAUGAAGUGGCCAAAAUCCGUCAGUCUGUUGUUGCACUGCUUAGGCGUGCUCCAGAGACCACCAUCAUCAUCAAGUCUGGAAACACUGCUGGACUCAAGAAUAUUUUUCAAAGUGAUUGGCAUGUGUUGCAGUUGGACACAGUGAUGCGGGAGAUGUUCAGAGACAUUGAUGGAGUCAUUUUCUUAGAUGUCUGGCAGAUGACUUCCUGUCACUAUCUACGUGAACACAUUCACCCAAGACCUGUCAUCAUUGCUAAUGAAAUCAACAUGUUUCUCUCAAAUGUUUCUCCUAGCUGCGGCCUCAAGUUGAUUUUGUUUCAUAAAGAAAAUGGGAAACUAACCUGGUUAAAUGAAGGCUAAGUGCCUUACUCUCUGGCAGGCUUAUAUUCUAUUUAACUUUAUCAACCACUAUCAGUCCAAACAUUUUAAUAUUCUGUCUAAACCAGAUGCAAUUCAGAGCAGGUGGUUUUGAAAAGCUGCUCAGUAUGCUGUCUUUGUGAAAUGUUGUUAAUCUAAAGUUUUUAAUUAUAACAGUUCUAUGAUUAUACAGUAUUGGAUGCAGCAGCGACAUUAACAUUUAUAAAACAUUUUAAAA